UUUAUCUUCCCUCUAGUAAACCCUUCUUCGCACCAUGAAAAACCUCGCUCUCAGCCAAAUCCAUGGCGUCCACUCUUCCUUUUCACCAUUUCCUCUCUUCAAACCCUAUUUACCGCAGCAACAAUGUCGGAAUACCCAGAAUCAACAUCCUCGAUGCACGAAACAUUCGUCGAGCGAUGAAGCUCGCUUUGAAAUCCUCAUCGAGCCCAUCUCCUCCAGUGCCAGACGAACCGUUCCCAUAUCCAACACCAGCACCUGAAUCGAUCAACACAACGAGCGCCGAAAAGUUCCCGAUUGAGAAACGGAGAAGAUCUGAAAUCACACGAGAGAGGAAACGGAGAACAGCGCUCGAGAAGCCGGAGCCUCCGAACUUGGAGAUCGGGUGGAAGAGGACGAAGGAUAUAAACUUGGAGAAGCCAAAAGGGUAUGUGAUAAUGGACUUCUUGGAGAAGUUCGAAGGGUUAAUGGCGAGGGAAUUCGGAUCGACGGAGCUGUUGGCGAAGGCUGGGGAGGUAGUGGCGGAGAGGGCGAGAGAGGAAGCCGAGGUUCUGAGAGAUGAAGGAGAGGUGGAAGAUCGGAUGGUGACUGAGCUUUGUAGGGUUUUGAAGCUGAUGGAGAUGGAUUUAGCCAUGGUCAAGGCUGCUGUCAAGGAAGAGACUUUGAGUGAGAGGCUUGAACAAGCUAAGGCAAGGUGUAGACAAGCCAUUCUCGUCGCUAAUUCUUUCUGAAACAAUGGUGGGGCUGUUGUUGUGUUCUUCUGCUUGUUUCUCUUCUUUUGCUCAUCUGUAAACGGAAACCAAUACUGGAUUGUUCAGUGUACCUAUGAACAACCUUUUUUGUUCAAAGACCUAGACUUUUAAGAAGCUA